UUCCGAGGUUGCUCCUGCAAAAUCAACCUCCUCCCUCAAGCACUUCUUGACGAAAACAGUUUACCCUCACCGCGUCAUCGGUAGGGUUCCGGCGAGUCCCCAUGGCCGGCCGCCAUCGCAACCCGCUGCCCCCAUCCUUCCCUCGUGGCGGCGGCGGCAACCACCCGCCUCCUCCUCCGCUCCACCACCCCCACCUCCCGUCCCAUCACCACCUCGACGACUACCGCGAGCUUUCGCGCCUCCCCCCGCACCACCACCUCGAUGACUUCCGCGACCCGCCCCGCCUGCCGCCCGGCCACCCGGACAGCUUCCGCGAGCCGCCAUCGCAUCGCCACCAUUUUGCGGGCCACGGCCACGGCGCCCCCUUCCCGCCCCAGCCGCACGCGGUGGCGGCGCUGGAGGAGCGGCUUGGUGCGGAGAUCGAGGAGGCUCACGUGCUACUCGGGCAGAACCAGCGGCUGUCCGCGACGCACGUGGCACUCAUGCAGGAGGUCGCCGCCGCGCGGCACGAGCUCGGACGCACCGCGCGCGCCCUCGCCGCUGCACAGGAGGAAGGCGACCUACGUCUUCGCGAGGUCUAUGGGAGGUCAAUGAAGAUGGAAGGAGAGCUCCGAGCAGUAGAUGAAAUGAGGGUGGAACUUGCGCAGGUUCGUCAGGACAUUCAAAAGCUGGGUGCAGUGAGGCAGGAACUCAUGGGUCAUGUCCAGGGGUUAACACAGGAUUUGGCUCGUUCGGCAGUGGAAUUGCAGCAGGUGUCUGCACUAAAAGCUGAGAUUCAGGAGAUCAGGCGUGAAACACAACAUUUGAGAUCUGGUAUUGAGCUUGAGAAGAAAGGAUAUGCAGAGAGUUAUGAACAGGGACAAGAGAUGCAGAAUAAUUUGAUUUCAGUGGCUUCUGAAGUAGAGAAACUUCGAGCUGAGGUUGCUAAUGCUGAGAAGAGGUCACAAGCUGCUGUAUCUGCAGGCAAUCAAGGUUAUGUUGGAAGCUAUGGGAAUCCCAAGGGCAAUUACGCCACAAAUCCUUAUAACGCUGGAUACAGCAUGAAUCAAGCAAAUGCUGCUGAUUCUGGUCCCCAGUCUGGACCCGGUACAACACAGGGUUCCUGGGGUGCCUAUGACAUGCAAAGAGCCUCCGGAUGGAGAUAAAUACCAAUUUGCUCGUCCUGCCAGUGAAGUGCAAACAUAGGUCCGGCCGCAACUCGGCGGCUUGCUCCAGAUAAAUGAUGAUCCACUGGGUGCGAAUCAUGAUGUUGAAAAUAAUACAGGGCAUAGCUCGACGAAUGGCACAGGGAUUUACUUAUAGCUUAGCUUCCGAUCAAGGCUCAGCUGUGUAAGGGAAUACAUAAUUUCUGCCACAACUCUGUGGCUCGUUCGCUCAAGAUGAACGAUGAUCGAUCGGGUAUAAAUUAAAUCAUGAUGUUGAGUCAAAUGUCAAUAUAUCGAAUCAUUGUCCAUCGGGUCUGAA